AUGGAGAGCAAAGCUACUCUAGAAUACUUUGGCGCUACUACUUUUCGCAUUCGCGCACCAGGGCUAACAAUAUUCCAUGACACCUGGUUGGAUCGGCCAUCAUUGAUGCCCCAGUAUCUAAACAUCAAUGACGUGACUGAUGCUGACUACAUAUUGAUCUCACAUGCACACUUUGAUCAUCUGCCUGGAGCCGACAGGAUUGCGAAACGUACAGGAGCUAUCAUCAUCGCAAACAGCGAAGCCAUAAAUCGUCUUCGUGAAGCAGGCGUUUCAGAUGAGCAACUUGUCCCUGUCGCUGGAGGUGAGCGGAUCCCUCUAUUUACCAAAGCCGUGCGUGCUGCAGCGAAAGCAGGAGAAGUAGCUCUACGCGGAGGCCCUCCAGGCGCCCCUUUGGAGCCCCAUCAUACGCUUGCUACUGCCGAGCUUCAUAUCUGGCCAAGCCUCCACUGUCUCAUUCCUGGUGACCAUGCCACCUUGCCAGACAUCUUCGACUCUGGCGCUGAAUACAAAGGCAGCAAUACCCCAUUUGACAGUACCUUGGAUAUCACCCGAGGAAUGAAGUAUGGGAUAUUUCGAAUGAAAGACAUCAUCGGGGAGAACAAUAUGGAUGAGAAAACUACAUCCUUUACGAACUGGAUGGAAGACAAAGAAAGAAAUGUCAUGUCCGCUUGCGACGGGGGACAACUCAUGUUUAACAUUUUCCUCGAAGAAAAGAGUGGAAAAAUGGUUAACAUUCUGUUCAAUGCCCACCUGGGCGCAUAUGAGGGAAUAGUGAAAAGUAUUCAGACUAAGCCAGAUAUUGCAGUUCUUGGCAUUGCUGGUCGGGCAAAUUUGAAUGGGAGGCCAUUCGAUGGGUCCGCGGCGACCUUUGCAACGAAUCUGGUCAGGUGGAUGGGAAUGCCGGAGAAGGUCAUUUGGUGCUUGCAUGAUGAGUGGUGA